GUAGGAGCUCCGCUGUGCGUCAGCAGCCGCUCCGGUGAGUCUCUCUCCGUUUGUUUGUCUGUUUAUCGGGCUGUUUCGUCCCGUUACCGUGAAGAAGGCCGGCUGCCCGGGCUGCAGUGCACACGGAGGUCCGGUACAGGACAGCUUUUGCCUGUUGGUGUGUUUGCUGAGUCGCUCCUUCACCUGAUUUUUAUUGACUGCGAGCCUCCGUCAAACCUCCAGCCGUCUCCACCCACAGCUGCACUAUGAGUGUAUGAUGUCUGAGAGCAGCUGCUAUGGCCUGCAGCAGCGGUCAGAGCAAUGCAGAGACUCUGGAGGGGUUCCACGAGGUGAACCUGGCCUCGCCCACCACACCUGACCUUCAGAACCAAUCGGAUCAGCGCCCACCCGCCCGUCACAGCACCCCGCCCACUUCUCUGUAUCGCACCCACUCUCUGGGAGCGCCCCCCCAGGGCCUUCCCACCUCGCUGCGAGCGGAUCAGCUCCCCACUCAGCCGGUUUACUCGGCGCCGCGGCACAGCCACAAUGGAAGUGUGCCGGGCCAGGAGGGGGAGUCGGCUGACUUUCUGUCCGGAGAGGACGGGGAGGAGUGCGGCGCUCUGAGUGACAGCCUGUCGCGGCUGCGCAGCCCGUCUGUGAUGGAGGUCCGAGAGAAAGGAUACGAGAGGCUGAAGGAGGAGCUCGCCAAGGCCCAGAGGGAGCUGCUGUUGAAGGAUGAGGAGUGUGAGAGGUUGUCUAAAGUCAGAGACCAGCUCGGCCAGGAGCUGGAGGAGCUCACCGCCAGUCUCUUCCAGGAGGCCCACAAAAUGGUGAGAGAAGCAAACGUGAAACAGGCGACCGCUGAAAAACAGCUGAAAGAAGCUCUGGGCAAGAUCGACGUCCUCCAGGCGGAGGUCCAGGCCCUGAAGACGCUCGUGCUCUCCUCCCCGACCUCCCCGGUGGGUGAGCUCCCCUCUGUGGGAGGAGGAGGGGUGAAGACUCCUUUCAGAAAGGGCCACAGCAGGAACAAGAGCACCUCCUCUGCCAUGCUGGGGACGCAGCCCGACCCGUCAGCCACGCAGCCCAUCGUACGGGAAUGUCGGGAGGUGGACAGUCAGCUGUUCGGCGAGUUCAAGGCGUGGAAGGAGGCGCCGACGCUCGAGCGGAGCUGCAGCUUCCUGGAGAGAAUUUACCGAGAGGACAUCUACCCCUGCCUGACCUUCAGCAAGAGCGAGCUGGGUUCGGCCAUCCUGGAAGCCGUGGAGCAGAACACGCUGAGUGUGGAGCCGGUCGGCUUCCAGCCGCUACCUGUGGUCAAAGCGUCGGCGGUGGAGUGUGGAGGACCAAAUGGCCGAAGGCCUGAUCUCGUCACAAAAUGUGCCCUGAGCGGUCAGACCAAAACCUGUAAGCACAGAAUCAAGUUUGGAGAUUCGUCCAGCUAUUACUACGUGUCUCCCUAUUGUAGAUACAGAAUCACGGCGGUGUGCAACUUCUUUACCUACAUUCGCUACAUCCACCAAGGGCUGGUCAAACAGCAGGACGCAGAGCAGAUGUUCUGGGAGGUGAUGCAGCUCCGCAGGGAAAUGUCCCUCGCCAAGCUUGGCUACUACAAAGACCAGCUGUGACCAGGCUCGCCCUCCAAUCACAGCAGGAUAUGACCUGAAGCCCCCCCCCCCCAUGCGGUUAUUUCAGGAACCACCUCCUCCUCCUUCCCUCUCCGUUCGUGUGUUUUUGUGUGAAAAACUGUUUUCAAUCAUCACAAAAAAAAAAGACUGUAAGACUGUGAUGGCGGCGCUCGGUGGUCGUUACUGACCUGGACUCCUUUAGGUUGUUAUUUCCUUUGGUACUCCAGUGUAUGACUAAAACUGACAUGAAAGGAGAAAAUACCCCCCCCCCCCCCCCCUUUAAGAUAAAAGCACUACAAACCCUGAAUCACAUGAAGAUAAACUGUGGAGGAGCAGGAGUGGCCGCAAAACACGAGAAAAUGAUCAAAAAAAUCGAUACAUUUAUGAGAAAAUAUCUGAUAAAAGUUUGUGAGAAGCGUAGAAUGAAGUCCUCACUGAGGUUUUGGAACGUUUCACAAACGGUUCGAUGUGUUGUGGGGGUGCACACAACCAAAUGAACCUUAUGAGUCAGAUUUAAAAGUAAAAUUUUAAUACUAUGAGAAAAUAUUUCAGCAGUAAAACUGAUAAAACUGCAGUAUUAAGAGUAAAAGUCUGUUUAAGGGGAAACACUUCAGAAUAUUUGGAUAUAAUGAAGCUGACUGCAGGGAGCCAGUGACAGCUCAUCAUUUCUUUCUGAAGUUAGAAUUAAAUUUUUUUUCAAGUUUAAAGUCUAAAAUUAUGAAUGAAAUGUUUAAAUUUAACUUAAAGAUUUGUGACUUAUUUGUAAUUUGAAAGUUUUCACAUUAGAAAAUGUUUUGUUGAAACUUCAACCUGGUAAAAUUCUCAAAACACGAGUUUAAUUUAUUAAAUUUAGCUUUAAAAUUAGUUAAAAAUAUUUUUCCCUCCAAAUUUUGACUGAUUUUUUUUUUUCUUUUUCUUUAUGUAAAAUUGGCACUAAUUCAAAUAUUUUCUUACCUUUUGGCAGUCUGACUUCUCAUUAUUAUCCAAAUAUCUUAAAUUAUUGAAUUAUAGUUUUUUUUUUUUAAUACUAAGCUCAUUCUGGGCAGUCUGACUUUUGUUUUUCAAAUAUCUAUAAAAUUGAUUUAUUUCUGUGGUCAAAGUGUUCUGAUUAUGUCUGAAUUUAUUUGUUAUUUUCAAACCACUUGAACUUUCCUGACUUUACAUCAGAGUAUUAAGCUUUUUUGUUCAUAAAAUUAGCACUUAUCAGCUUCACCCUCAAAAUAAUUUCAGUUACAGUCGUGGUCACAAAAUUGUUUUCUCAAAAGUUUUCAAAAAAAAAAGUCAGUUUUAUGAGUUAUAAAAUAUUAUGCUACAAAGAUGGACUUUCCCCCCUCUAAUGGUGGCUCAGUUUUCUCAUAUUGGAACUGCUCAUGUCAGACAUAAGCUUAUAUUUAACUUUAUUUAGAGGUAUGAUGCUUGCAGGGUGAAGAUGUUGGUUUCUUUGUUUCUUUUGUUGUUGGAAGCAUUAAAGGAAACACUGCAUUUACAUUUCCUGUUGAACACGACGCUCUGCAGACGUGUCCUGGUGUUUUCAGCGAGGUCCGUGUAACCAAUCAGGACUCGUUAACAAUAAGCUGUGUGUGUGUGUGUGUGUGUGUGUGUGUGUGUGUGUGCGCGCGCCUGCUGUUCUGUAAACUUUAUACAUGUUAAUUUAAACCUCUCUCUCUCUCUCUCUCUCCUGUUCAAAAUCAAUGUCACUCUCCCGGUUUGGUUUAGUGCCUUUUCUCUCAGACACUGAAAUAAAACAGUAAUACCUCUGGAAA